AUGGGGAUUCGCGACCUCCACCAUGGGAAAGGUAUCUGCUGCAUGGACAGGGGCUGGGACAGCGGCUCUGACUCCAGCGGUUGGUCAACACCAAGGCUGACCAGGAACAAAGUGGUUCCUCUGUCUCUCCCGCUGCCGCCCACACCCUUGGAGGUCAAGCAGAGGCUGUUGGAGUCGAAGACCAGUCCUGUGCAAAAGCCACCGUGCGAGGAUGGAGAGACUGGCGUGGGGGAACGGGACGCUGCGGUUGUAGAUGCUGCACAAACUACAGCAGCAGUUGUAGAAAAUGGUGUGAAUGAGGCCGGUGGCAGUUCUGUGGCGGUGGCUCCAACAAACAGCGCACCCUCAGACGACACACCGACAGACAACGGGCCAGCCGACUCGGCGUCCUCUGAUGGGGAGCCAGUAAACCCAGUACCCCGACGGCUACGCCGCCGCCACACGCCACGCUCUGAGCAGCCGCGCCGAGACAGUUCCCAGGAUGACAAACCAGCCAUGAUCCGUAAACCGCCGAGAGCAAAGAGCACGCCGGUGAUCAGCACCAAGGACAAGGAGAAUCAGAGACCGUCCAGCCAGCUGGACUGGAGCGAGAGACAGAUGGAGGUCAAGAGGACAACCAAUGAUAGUCACACUUCUGAUGCCUGCGUUCAGACCCGCAGGGAGUCUGACAAGCGGAGCUCCAGGCUGGACCGCCGGCGUGCUCGAUCGGCUGACCUGGAGAAGAUAAGACGCUCGCAGCUGAUGGUGGUGGACGACCACUGGAUGACAGAGUACAUGCGCUGUUUCUCCGCCCGGCUUAGGUAG